AACAACCACAACAAUACACAUGUGCGAUUGUUGGCGCAUUGCGAUCACGCCGUUUCGGUCGUGUUCCUCGCAGAUAGUUUUCCCGGUACCGUCGAACAAGGUCCCAAAGACGAAAUGGCCGCACAACUCCUUCAAGGAGACGCGGUCGAAUUCGGAGGCAAGAAUAAUUUUCUAUUGGAUAUCACGCUCCAAGUUACAAUGCCUCCUCCUGACGACAACAACAACAACAGCACGGAAAAGAAGGAACUCUGUUUGGAAUUUGUAUUCACCAACCAUGGAUGGAGAAAGGCGACCUUGUGCAUCCCCAGCAAGACCGAUGUGAAAAAGGAGGAUGCGACGGCCGUCGAGCAAUAA